AAUUCCAGAGAGGUUUCUUCUCUGCUGAAGGAUAGUGUCCCAAUUACUGAACUUUCAUCUUCAGGACCGUUUGAAGUUCAUGAUCUUCUGCGUCGAGGCUUUUCAAGUGUGAAAAGUGAAUUGUUGCCUACCCACCCACUGGAGCUGUCAGAAAAAAAUUUCCAGUUAAAUCAAGAUAAAACAAACUUUGCCACGCUGAGGAAUAUUCAAGGACUCCAUGCACCUUUAAAGCUGCAGAUGGAAUUGAGAGCAGUGAAACAGGUCCAGCGUCUCCCGUUUCUUCACAGCUCAAACGUAGCGUUGGAUACUCUGAGAGGAAACGAUGAGUCCAUCGGGUUUGAGGAUAUCCUUAAUGAUCCUUCACAGAGUGAGGUUAUGGGAGAACCACACAUGAUGGUGGAAUACAAGCUUGGUUUAUUGUAA